AUGCCAGGCUUGGACGCAACGCUGAACCGUCUGGCGCACUAUGGUCUCAUAGACCGCUCGCAACUGCCCCUCUCCUUCCUCGACGUCAUCGGUCCCUCCGGCUCCCUCCCCUCCACCCGCCUCUUCUCCGCGUACGUCGAGGCACUCGAGUGCCAUGCUCCCGAGAGCAAGAAUGCACAAGAACAGGAAGAAGAUGUGCCCGCGACGCCGAAGGUCCUGGUGACGCGGUUCGAAGCGGACAACGGGAGCUUGUAUGCUGUUGAGCGGGUACGCCGUGGCGUGUACGCGCUAUGCAGACUGGGGGCUUGGGUCAAGGAAGAGGACGUGGGCGCCGUGCCCGCGCACCCCGCCGGCCUACCCUACGCGCAGCCGCUGAAGGCGCUGAGGAAGGAGGACGGCCGGCUCUGGUGGCAGCGCGUUGCUGUGGCUUCGCCGCCGUCUACCAAUGCGUCGACAACGCCGGUUGACCGCGGGGAGGGCCACGGUGCAGCACCGCGGUUAUCCAUGCGUCGGCCUGUCCCGAAGAUCGUGCAUGCCGCGCCGAAGAGACUGGAGGACGCGGACCCGUUUGUGGAUUCGGCGGAACAGGCUGGCCAGCUUCCUGUUGGGGAUGUGGAGGAGCGGCCGCAGACCGCGGAAGAGGUCUUUCAGACGGUCGUGCAGCAGUAUCUUGAGGCGCUGUAUCUUACGAAGACUUCGCUGGCUUUCUUCGUCAAAGGACCGAUGUCGAGGGCUAGAGCUGCGUUCAUGUCGAAGGAGAAUGCUGGUUUGAAGAUGGGGGAUCUGGCUGCUUUCAUGCGGUCGAUAUUGCUACAGCCAGGACCUAUGGACAAGAAGCACAGGGAGAAGCUGCCGGAGAUCGUCAAGUCCAUGCCCUUACCGGGUUUAUCUGACGAUGAAGACAUGGCUGCGGCGAAGAUGGAGAAGAAGAAAAAGAGCAAGAGCAAGAGCAAGAAGUUAAAGCCCAACAAGGAAGGACUUUAUCCUGGAGAGGAUGAGCAUGUCAAGAAAUGGUGGUUACAGGAUCGCCCUGGUACCUCGCCCCACGGUCACAGCGAGUCUCCCGCAGAUAUUUUGAAGCGGCGGUUAGGCGAUCUGCGUGUCCGAGAGUCGAUGGCUCAAGUCAUCCUUGUUUUGGAGAUCAUGGCCCUUGAAGCAUCACCUUCUUUCCAGGCAACAGAACAGGAAGAGACACAGCAAGAUGAAACACAAGCAGAGUCACAAGCAGCACCUGUCAAGAAACGUAAGCCUAAGAAGCCGCAAGACCUCAAUGUGCUUCUUGAUCUGCUUCUCGAUAGAUUGUGUAUCUGGCAGUCCGUUGAGCAAGAUGAGACGCUUGUAAAAGCUCCUCAACCUGGCAGUGGGAAGAACGAUGUUCUCACGCCAAGUUCGGACAAGUCGGGAACUUCAGACAAGCUCAAGAAUUUUUGUGUAGAAGUCAUUCUGCCCUUCUACAUGAGCCGGAUGCCAGAGAAGGCCGCUGCGAUCAACAAAAGACUCGGCGGACCUAGUGCAUCCCCUGCAAAAUCAUCCAAUUCUGGAUCAAGCACCAACCGCAGUAAACCUGGAGAAGCCGCUGUUCGUACAGACCCACGGGCUGCGCAGAAGAAGCGACGUCCUCUCUCCCGCGUCGCUACAGAAAACGCAGCACACCAGCCGCAACGACAUCCCUCUCUCACGCGAUCUUCAACCGACCCGCUUCUACCUGCGAAUCUAAAGCGCGAAGGCAGCGAAGCACCGUCUCUAUCCUCGAUCCCGCUUCAGCAGAAAGACUCCAAGACUUCAUCCAGUCGCAACUCCCUCUCCCAGUUCGAACGCUUCUCCCGCCGCACCAUCGACCUGGACGCCAUGGCCAAGAGCAACGAGGCGAAGCUCAAGAAGAAAGCACACAUCGAGCAGGAGCUAGAGAAGGCCAUCGGCACCCUACGCAAGCCCAACCGCGGCGCUGCGCUCAAGGACGUCGCCGACUCGGCCGACUCUCGUCGUCAGUUGUCAACUGCACAGUCGUCGCGUAGCAGCACCAAGCCCGGUGCGCCAGUAACACGCAAAGUGGGAGGCGGCAGCAACAUCCUCGUGGGAGCAACGCCUAAGCGUGGCAGGAAGACGAAGGACGUCAUUCUCCAGGCGACGCCGAAUCAUAACAGGUUCUCUUCUACAUUGGCGGCACCCGCCAUCGCUGCGGCGCGCAACAUGGACGAGGACGAGGAUGCCGACGCUAGUCUACCGUUGGCUUCCGACCCCAUCAUCCCGUCGUCGGCGGUGCGGCCGGGUCCCGUUGAUGUCAUCGCUCCCACUAGCUACUCAACAAUACCCGGGUCGGUCGUCAAGAACGCGUCGUCUUCUUCUGCCAGCGCGCGAAGAAGCGGCGGCGUCGAGGAAACGCCAUCACGCGGCCCGGCGGGGAAGACGGUGCAUUGGUUCCUCCCAUCGGGUAGCGCGGAUAGAGGAGCUGAAGCUAGUGUCAUUGCGUCGACGCCGGAGGCGAAGGCGGGCGGAAUGUCGAGACUGGGGGACCGGUUGAAGGCUUCGGCGGGUGGAAGGAGUGGGGGCGAUGGCCUGUUGAAGGUGCCGCCACCGCCGCCGGCGUUCAGGAUGCCAGGCGCGCCGGUGUCUAGGAGGGGUGCCAAUCUGGCGGGAGAGGAGGAGAGUGAGGGGAGUGAGGAUGAGUACAGAGGCGUGGCCGCGUUGAUGCGGACGCCGACGAAAGCCGGGCGCGGACAGGUGCUCGAAACGCCGGUGAAGAGGGCCGUGGCGGUGGGUGAGACGCCGGUGAAGGGCGCGGUGGGCGAGAGGGAAGGGGGCCGGGAGAGUAAGGGGAAGGAGAAGGAGGUUGAGGGAGGUGGCAUGGAGCGGAUUGAGGAGGAAGAGGGUGCGGAAGAAUCGAUAUACAACGUUUUGGGAUGGGAUGAUGUCGAUGAGCUGGCGUUUUAG